UAUGUUGAAGUUUGUUCCAAGAAGCAAGAAGUCGUUAUUGCAAUUGGGAGCAAUGUUGGUGAUAGAUUAGAAAAUUUUAACCAAGCUCUGCAACAAAUGAAGAGAUUAGGCAUAGACAUCACAAGGCAUGGUUGUUUGUAUGAGACAGAACCUGCAUACGUGAUUGAUCAACCGAAGUUUCUUAACUCUGCUUUAAGAGGCUUUACAAGACUUGGACCUCAUGAAUUAUUAGGGGUAUUGAAGAGAGUCGAGAAGGAUAUGGGUAGAACCAAGGGAAUAAGGUAUGGUCCUAGACCAAUUGACUUGGACAUACUAUUUUAUGGGAAGUUUAGGGUGAGCUCUGAGAGCCUCACUAUCCCCCAUGAAAGGAUAUGGGAAAGACCAUUUGUGAUGGCACCAUUGAUUGAUUGUAUUGGGUCUAAUGUAGAAAAUGACUCUAUUUGUACAUGGCAUUCAUUAUCAAAUUUUUCGGGCGGAAUCUUUGAAGCAUGGGAUAAACUCGGUGGAAGUUCCCUAAUCGGGAAGGAUGGAAUGAAAAGGGUUUUGCCCGUUGGGAACCGCUUAUGGGAUUGGUCUCAUAAAACCUCUGUAAUGGGAGUCUUGAACUUGACUCCUGAUAGCUUUAGUGAUGGAGGAAGGUUUCAAUCUGUCGAUAUUGCAGUUGCUAAGGUUUGUCAAAUGAUCUCAGAUGGGGCCGACAUAAUUGACAUCGGGGCACAAUCAACCAGACCCAUGGCAACUAGGAUUUCGACUGAAGAAGAGCUAGAAAGAGUAGUACCUGUAUUAGAAGCUGUCAAGGAUUUGAUCGCGGAAGAAGGAAGAAUCUUAUCGGUGGAUACAUUUUAUUCAAAAGUUGCUUCUGAGGCCGUCAAGAAGGGGGCACACAUUGUGAAUGAUGUCUCUAGUGGGAAAUUUGAUCCCGAGAUGUUCAAUGUUGUUGCGAACCUUAAAGUUCCUUAUAUAGCAAUGCACAUGCGAGGAGAUUCGACUUCAAUGCAAAAUUCUGAGAACUUGACGUACAAUGAUGUUUGUAAGCAAGUGGCUUCGGAGUUGAGCUCUAGGGUCAUAGAUGCAGAAUUAUCGGGAAUUCCUGCUUGGAGGAUGGUUAUUGAUCCCGGCAUUGGCUUUUCUAAGAAUACGAAGCAAAAUUUGGAAAUUCUUAGUGGUUUACAAAAGAUACGUGAAGGGAUAGCUAAGAAGAGUUUGGCGGUAGCUCAUUGCCCCUUGCUAAUUGGACCUUCAAGAAAGAGGUUUCUGGGCGAAAUUUGCAAUCUCCCAGUAGCAGCUGAUAGGGAUCCUGCUACCGUUACUUCUAUAACUGCUGGAGUUUUAGGUGGUGCAAACAUUGUAAGAGUACAUAAUGUGAGGGAUAACCUUGAUGCUGUCAAGUUAUGUGAUGCCAUACUCGGAAAAACGGAUUAAUUGCUUGUUUUGGAU